AUGAGGACGACUCUAAAACCUGAAGGGAAGCGACAAAUGAAAGGUGUUGAUGAGCUUUGGAGGAGUACUUCUGUUGGGAGUCUAAGGCUCGGGAGGGACCAUGCGGAGGCUAGUGGCAAGAAAAUGCAGGUUGUGGAGGAUGUCCCCAUAUCGUCGUCGUAUUCAUCCCUGCAUGCGUUGGAAAGGGAGACCUCAAGAGUCUGUGCUAAGCAUCAUACGCUUAUGAAGCGGCUUAGGGUGCUGGGCGUGCUGGGCGAUAAGCACCGACGCUACUUGAGGGAAAUUGAAGUAUUUCAAAGUAGUGUGCAUGAGGAGGCCAAGGCUUUGAAUGAGCGUCUCGAGAGUAUCAGAUCUAAAUCAGUUCAGCUGAGCCUAGAAGGGGAGAACUAA